CGCAAGCCUAAAUACUAUACGCAAAGUAACGCGUGAACUAGCUGUCCACACGAAAUUUGCGUUUGAUACGAUAAUAAUCAAACUUCCACCAUUCAGUAAUCGACAUGUUCUCUUUAAGGAUAGUCCUGUUUAGCUUGCUGGUAGCAGCAGUGACAUGCGAGGAUCUGGACUUCCCCCCAGGGUUCCAGUUCGGAGCCGCGUCAGCAGCGUACCAAGUGGAAGGCGGCUGGAAUGCCAGUGACAAAGGCGAAAACAUUUGGGAUAGGUUUGUCCACGAGAAGCCUCACAUCAUAGCUGACCACUCCACCGGAGACGUGGCCUGCGACUCCUACCGCCUCUGGAGACGUGACAUCGAAAUGGCCUCCGAUCUUGGCCUGCACUUCUACCGAAUGUCCAUAGCCUGGUCUCGGCUGCUGCCGAAUGGAUUCGCCAACAAGAUCAGCGAGGAUGGACUCAACUAUUACAAUAACCUGAUCGACGGACUCCUUGAGAAGGGUAUUCAGCCGAUGGUGACGCUGUAUCAUUGGGAUCUGCCGCAGAGACUUCAGGAUUUGGGCGGCUGGACCAACCCC